AUGGGUUGCUGCGAAUCCUCCAACAGGAGGAAAAUCGACGAAGCGCUCAAUCCUAUCAUGGGGACGGCUGGUCAAGAUCAGCUUGUCCCUCUGAUGAGCGAAGCAGCGUUCAAGGGUGACAUCUCCACCAUGGAGCGACUUGUAGCGAAGGGAGCGCUGUACGAUCGAACGCCCCUGCAUUUCGCAGCUUUCAAUGGCCAUGUCGACGCUGUCAAGUGGCUGAUCAAUAAGGUCGCUGGAAUGGUGAAUGGGUUCACUCCCUUGUUUGCUGCUUGUGAGAACAACGAUCUGGACGUAGCUAAAGUGUUGGUAGAAGCUGGGGCAGACACCAAUGCCAAGUCCAGGGACGGACGAACACCGAUUCAGCAUGCUCUCCAUCACAACAGGACAUACGUCGCCGACUACCUUUACCAAGUGCAACAGUCUCGAUCCCCCUCCAAGAGCUCGGGGGGCUACAGCAACGGAAACGCCUACCCUCAACAAAUCGUCUGAUCUUGCUCCCACAUCUUCUUACCCUCUCAUCCUCGUGCUGUUGUACUAUACUUUCC